GUGUGAAUGGCACUUUGAGCGUGUUUGAGCUGCGUGCUUUUUAAAAAUGGCAGAAGGAGGCUUUGGGUGUACGGAUACAGAGACUGGAAGCGUUCCUAGACCCAUCAGUCUGUACAGUCGUCACUCUCAGAAUUAUGUAGAGAGUGUGUCUGCUGAGAUCUGUACUAUAAUGACCCGGCUGGGAUACGGCGAGGAGAUGAGACGGUGGCGCGUUGCGGGGUACAGGGAGUUUGACAGACUGAUAAAUGCAAGCCAAAGUACAAGCACUUUAAUCACAGCUGGCAGUAAGGCAGAAGGGCUGACCUGCUUUUUAGAAAGCGACCAUGACUUUCUAUUCUUGCUGAAAAAUGUCAUCUGUUUGAAAGCUGGUAUCAAUCUUUACAGCAUACCAGGCGACUUACAAGUGUACAGGAUGGAUACACAUAUGGGCUGCUAG